GCGCACACCCCCUGCGGUCUACUGGGCUCGGCCCGUUUUCUUCUGGCAGUCGAUCCUUCUACGCCUUGACUUCUUCUUCUUUCCUUCCGCGUCUCUCCCCCUCUUAUCCCCUUCCACAUCUCGUCUCCCCCGCGUCUCCGAUUUCUAGGGUUUUCGUCUAGCAAUCAAUCCGUCCCCUGUCUCGCGCGGUGGAUCCGUUCCCUGUCUCGCGCCGGUUCACGCGCGAGAUCGCGAUGGCUUCCGCUGAAGAAGAAGGGAUUGGACAUGGCAAAGUGAAAGAACAACUUGAUUCACAACCAGUCGAGCAAGGUGGUCAGGAACAGCAUCAAGAAGUCCAAACGCCAGUACAAGCUGAACAACGUGUCAUAGUCAUGCACGUUGAAGAACCGGAAAGCGAUGAAACAUUCCAAGCUCCACCACGAGGUCUUCGGAAUGGUCAAGGCGCAAGAGUUUAUCCUAGGAAGCAAUCCCACCUAUAAAUCUAGGUUGUCAACAAUGCGCUUCAGCAAGACAGUGAAAAAGUUCAGUGAGAUUCAAUUAGGGCACAUCAGCAAAUACAAAAUGGAUGCCCUGCUUCACAUGCCAUAUCACCUAAACAUACCGAUGAAUCUCCUUGAGUGGUUAGAUCAGCACAUUUUUGGUGUUACAGAGCCUUGUUUCAAGCACAAGAACAAAGUCAUCAAGAUCACUAAAGACAUGGUAGACAAGAUUUUUGAUUUCCCUGGCGGUACUGUUCCUUUUGUAUUCAGCAGCAACGAUCCUCAAGUGAAAGCAGAAGUUGCUCAGUGAAGAAGCAGGUAUGUUGAUUAUCGGAACAAGAUGCCUAUCAACAAGAUUGAGGAAGUGAUGCUAAGUGACGAGAGUGAAGAUGGUUUCAUCAGGAGCUUCGUUUUCUAUUUCAUAUCAUCUAUACUCUGCCCAGCGUCAUACUGUUUUGGCAACACCAAAUUCCUCUUCUCUCUAAGAGAUGUGUCUGUAAUCCCUUCACUGGACUUUGGGCAAUUGGCUUUAGGUUUUAUGAUUGAAGAAUCAGAACGUCAUUUCGAAAUAAUAAUGAACAGACCAACACUUGAGGAAAUGAACAAGCCUUCCCACAUUGGCGGUUGCCUUCCUAUUUGGGGGAUCAUUUAUCUGGAUUUCGUUGACUUUGAUGUCAUCGAGAACCACCAGUCAACUAUUGAUUAUUCUCUACCCCGGAUCAGCCACAUUAAGAAUGCUGACUUCCAAUACCUAGCUUUGGUUGAUAGGAAUUAUGAGUCUAGGAAAGCGUUUGGAGUACUACCAAUAAGACACAUAUCUCAAACACCGUAUGCAAAUGCAGUUCCUAUUGGCAACAUUGCUGAUACUCAACAAGAGAUUUGUUGCAUUCCAAAAACGCAGGUCAAUUUUCACAGCAAUGCCCACGAAACAAUCAAUGAAAACAACCCAAUUAACUUGACCACUCCAGAUAUCAAGUCAGCAGGAACAAGUUUCACUCCAAAACAUGAAAUCGAUUGUAAAGUGAAGCCAGAGCUGCAUUCGAAAUUAGAGACCCCUGAUGUACUUGUCACCAAGCAAGACCCCGUUGCACCAAAAGCUGAGAACAAUGUGAAGGUUGAGGAAGAGUUGGACCCAAUAACUGAAAUAAACCAAAGGAGUCUUGUUCUCAUCAGUUCUAGCUUAUCAAAUGAAAGAGCGAAGCAUUACAGUAGCACUCCAAUCAUAAUUGAUGACUCUCCUUUCACGCCUUGUGCACCUACCAGUGAAGAGAGACCAUUUGGUGAGGCUAAUUCUAACACAGGAAUAUACAUAGACAUGGGCGUUGCUCUUCAAUCAGGUUCAUCUAGGACCAAUGAUGCACAAGCUGGAUCAAGCACAGGCCCAAAUACCAUUGAGAAGAAGAAUAGGAAAAAGAGAGCAGCUAAAGUGCAAUAUCCUGAUGAACCAAAGAGGCUGAAAAUCCCUCGAGAGGUGGAUUUGUUUUUCACCAAAUUUCUGAGGAAGCCAAUCUUCAAAGAAUACACUCUUUUUGUCAACAUUGAGGGAUUUCCCAUUAGUUACGAUAACUUCUUCGCUUCAUUCAAGUCAAGGGGUGAGAUUGGAGAUGAAGUCAUGGAUUCACUCAUUCAAACAUUCAACCUGGAAGCAAAGACUUCAUGUCAGAUAAAACCUUUUAUUAAAAAAUUCUGUUUCACUUCGCGCUUCACUAAUAAACUAUUGGUUAGCCCUGAAGUUUUCGACCCAGUAAGCUGCAAAACAGAGUUUGACAGAGUAAAUUCAGAAGAAAGUCUAUGGAAAAAGGAUUUGUUGUUUUUCCCCACUAUCAAGUCAAACCACUGGGUAAUUGUUUGUAUGAACUCUCUAUUUGAGAGGACUCACUUGUUCGACCCAUGUGGUACAAUCCAGGAAAAUUCUCAACAACAAAUUGUCCACAACUUGGUUUCCAACUACAACCUGCUUUGCAAACUCAGUAAUAAGCUUUUCAAGAAUGUCUUCAACUUCAAGCUUCAAGCUGUGGGGCACUAUCGAACAAACUGUCUGAUGCAUGACUCAGGUCACUACCUCCCCCUAUACAUGGACAACUUUGAAGGCAAAGUCAUGAAAAGCUUCAGCACGGAGAAUGUACCCAAGCAAAGAAUGAUAUCAGCCUACCGUCUCUUCAAAAGCACGCCCAACAAGAUAAAGGAGGAAGAUCUGCCAACCUCCCAGUGAACACCUUUUCUUUAGAUUGAAGAGUUUUUUUUGGAAGGGAAACAUGAAUUAUAGACGUCAUACAUAUGAAAACCAAUUCUGUGUAAUAGUUCUCCUAGGAGAUUUUUGCUUCUAAGAACAUGUGCCAUGUGGUACUUUUUGUCCUUUUUAAAAUGAUACCCCCCUGCAUGUGGGUCUACAUAGUUCAAAAUACUUAAUUCAGUGUGUAUGUACUGAAUUGCAGUGAACAUUUUUUUGUUGUGAACUUUUUUUAGUUCA